AUGGAAAAGGCCGAGGAGCUGGCCAACCUGAUUGUCCACACAAUCCUUGGUAUGCUUGCAGUGUCCGCCAAGGCUACCACCAGCGUCAGAACCUCCAUGGUCGGCCGUCUGUCAAGUUGGAAGUCUCCAAUUGAGAGAGGGGCUCUGUGCUUUGGUCUGGUCAGUGCCUUGUAUGAUCAGUACUCCGGUGAAGUAGUUAGUCGUACCACUCGCAGGUUGAGAAAGUACUCAUUGAUUGAAUGA